ACCAAUGAUAUAAUAAUAUCAUUGGUUAAUAUUGUAUUUAUUUUAUAUUUAAAUAAAUUUUAUACAUAAUAUCUUCCAAACGCUCAGUGUCUUUUUUGAGCAUAAUCCAUCGCAAAAUCUGGGAAACAAAUUCUUCUAAAGUAGCAGCAUUUUAGGUGGAAUUUUGUUGAAAGAAAUUCACUUAUAAUAUCAUAAUUAAAUAUGAUUACUGAUUGAAAUAGAAAGAAGGGCUUGAAUUAUUAAUACGGUUCAAAAUAAAUAAUAUGUACUGGUUUGUUUACCUCAACUAAAGCCCAGGUCAAAAUAUCUGCGAAAUUAGAUAUUGAGAACGUGGAAUCUGACCGAAAAGAACCAACAAUUAAUAAUGUGUGUAUGUUAGCAGCACUUUAAAAUUUAUUAAUUUGAGCAUCUAAAUCUGACAAAAUUUGCCACUGGUAAGAACUCUAGUCUUCAAAAUUUAUUGAAAUGUCGAGGUACGACAGGGCUAUAACAGUGUUCUCGCCCGACGGGCAGCUUCUUCAAGUCCAUUACGCUCAGGAGGCUGUUCGAAGAGGAUCAGCAGUGGUUGGGAUCCGAGGGUCUAACGCCAUCGUGCUGGCGGUGGAGAAACGCGUGGUCCCAGAGCUGCAGAGCGACAGGACUGAGAAGAAGAUUGUUCUAUUGGAUGACCACAUCGUCCUGGCAUUUGCAGGCGUUAGAGCUGAUGCUCGUGUUCUUAUUUCAAGAGCUCAGAUUGAAUGCCAGUCGUACCGGCUCAGCGUGGAAGACCCUGUCACCACGGAGUACGUGGCACGGUACCUGGCCGGCAUCAUGCAGCAGUACACCCAGAGCAACGGCCGCAGACCCUUCGGCGUGAGCUGCCUCAUCGGAGGCUUUGACGCGGACGGUCCGCAUCUGUUCCAGACAGAACCCUCGGGAACAUACUAUGAGUGGAUGGCGUGUUCUACUGGCCGCUGUGAGAAGACUACAAGGGACUAUUUAGAAAAGAAUUUCAAACCACAGCUCGUGACGUCAGAACACGGCGCUAUACUCCUCGCUGUGGCGUCAUUGUUGGAGGUGCAGUACGGAGGCAGAGGACUUGAGGUUGCUAUAUUGAAAAGGUCAUCGCCAAUUACCAAAUUGAGCCCAGAAGCAAUACAGAGCUAUAUCACGGAAGUCCAGAAAGAGAAAGAAGACCGCGAAAAGAAGACUUGAGACAGACUUUAUUUCUAGACAUCUUUGAGAUUUGCAUUAUAUUUUUAAUAUAAAGAAUUAUAAGACUGGUGGCUUCAUAGAAUACUUUUGUAUAUAAUAAACUAUCUAAUUUAUCUGUGAAUUCAAAAUUGAACA